AUGGAUGUCCGGGGCAGCUUCCCGGCGCUGGGCGAAAAACAGGUCUUCUUCGACAACGCUGGAGGCAGCCAGAUCCUAGGAACCGUGAUCGACUCCAUACGGGAUUACUAUGUGAACAGUAACGUACAGUUGGGCGCAACGUACCAUACCGGGAAGACAGCAAACACGCGAUACGAGAAUGCAUACCAAGCCGCAGCGAAGUACAUCAAUGCCUCUCGGGACGAGAUAGUCCUGGGGUCCUCGACGACCCAGCUAUUCCGCAAUACCUCCGCCACCCUCACGUUCCAACCAGGCGACGAACUCAUCCUCUCGGGCAUCGACCACGAGGCCAACAUUGCGCCGUGGGUGGACCUCGCCGAGCGGCAGAGCCUGAUUAUCAAAUGGUGGAAGCCUAGCUCCAGAGACCAGCCCAGGCUUACUGCGGCAGACCUCGGGCCCUUGCUCUCCUCCAAAACCCGCCUGGUGACAUGCACCCACGCCUCCAAUGUUCUGGGCACCAUCCACGAUCUAAAGGCCAUCUCGACUACUAUCCACGCCGCCGCGCCGAGCGCUCUCGUGUGUGCCGACGCCGUGGCGUACGCGCCACAUAGGAAGCUCGACGUCCAGGAGACGGGCGUAGAUCUGUAUUCCUUCAGCUUCUACAAGGUCUAUGGCCCGCACAUCGCCAUGCUCUACGCGAGGCGUGAUACUGCACAGAAGCAGAUGCGGAGCCUGGGCCACUUCUUUAACCCCCACGAGACGCUCGAGAACAAGCUGGGUCUUGCGGGGGGAAGCUACGAGCUGAUGAGCGGGAUCCCGGCCGUGACGGAGUAUAUCGAGUCCGUGGGCUGGGCAUCCAUCAUGAAGCAGGAGGCCGAGCUGCAGCGGACUCUGCUAGAGUAUCUCAACGGGAGGCCAGACGUCAAGGUCCAUGGGGAACGGAGUGCUGACGGAGAGGUGAGGGUGCCGACGGUGAGCUUCACCGUGGAGGGAUGGGACUCGAAAGAGCUUGUCGAGGCUGUUGAGAAGGGCACGCCGUUUGCCUUCAGGUGGGGCGCUUUCUAUUCCAACAGAUUGGUGCAUGACUUCUUGGGCUUGGACAAGAGUGGUGUUGUGAGGGUCAGCCUCGUGCACUACAAUACACUCGAGGAGGUGAAGGUGUUCAUUACCGCGCUAGACAGAACACUGUCCCAGAAUAAAGACACUUGA